GCCGAACCAUUCUGAACUUCAUCAGAAGUCUUCCUUCCUGUUCAUAUAUAAGCACAUUACAAUUUCCCCUAAAAUCAAAACACACUUGUUCUUCUUCUGUUGUUGGCUUUAGAAAAUGCAAAAGACCUCUCAUCAGUAUAAGCAAGUUGGAGAAAGGGUACGAGGGAUUCCGUCAAAACCACCACUCGGUACGGGAAACAAGGCCGAGGGAGCUAAUAACCAUCGUGGUCUUAGGCACGGGCACAUGGUGUCGUCUCCGAGGACUACACUGGCUUGUACGUGUGGGAAUAAGCCCGGGCUAAACCGGUGUAACCGCCACGGGUUUGCCGUGCCCGGCGGGGAAAAGUGGAGGAAGAACUAUGCAGACAAGGAGAUAUUGAGGAGAGCACUGAGGACGGGACCGAGUCGAGGCUUAAGUCUUCGGUGGUGGAAUUUUCAACCUACUCCUAGUCGGCUCUCUAACAUGUCUAUGGCUGAGAAGAGCUAGCAGCCUUUGUCUUCUUUUUUCUCUCGUUUCUAUUAAUGUUUUUGUACCAAACCAGAUUUGGAAUCCUAUUGCUCUUAGCCUCUACAUGUUGUCUUCUUUAGGAAACCAUAUAUGCACCGAUCAUGUACUGUCCUCUUAAUUGGAAGAAAGAUAUCGAUAUAGCCUUGCUUCUUGUACGUUUUUUGGUAGGCAAAUGAUUUGGGCCAUUUGGCGCCUAAUAUUUGUUGUAUAAUUGCAGCACCUGAUACUUUUUGGUCACAUCAGGCAGCUACCACAAAACUUGGAGCUCUCUGGUAAUCUGGUUGCAGCAGAGUUGUAAGCUGCAUAUAAUGUCGGCAACUAUGACGAUUAAAUCACGAAAUGGAUGAGAGGGAGACCUCACUCACCAUUAUUACAAAUGAAAAACUACUUGACAAAUGGUUACUCGGUUUAAAGAGUUGCAAAAAGAGUACUCGACAGAUGUAGGACUAGGACACUUCCAGGAACGUCAAUAACAUCU